UUGGUCGCCACUUUCAAGGAAGAACAAGAAUGGUCAUCAACAUGCAGACGGGGCUGUCUACCAGGCUCCUCCUCCUUGUCAUCCUGCCGCUUGUGGUACUCUCCGAUACCAAGCACGGCUCUACUGACUCGGAAGAACUGAAACCUUUGGGUCCUCAGGUUCCAGUCGUGGUAAUUAUCGGUGCUGGAAUCUCUGGUAUUGCAGCAGCAGAGAAGCUGCACAAACAUGGUUUCCAAAAUAUAAAAGUCCUGGAGGCUACUGGGAGAACCGGAGGCCGGAUCCGCACAGAGAGUUUCGCAAAAGGUCUGGUUGAGAUUGGUGCACAAUGGAUUCAUGGACCAUCUCCAGGCAACCCAGUCUUCCAGCUGGCAUCUCAGUUUGGCCUUUUAGGACCAGAUGCCUUGCUUGAGGAGAAUCAAAAAAAUAACUGGGAUGGCCAUCCCCCUUCCAUCGGGGCUACCUACAGUAGUUCUGGAAGAAAAGUCGACCCAGAAGUGAUGACCAACAUUACAGAGUUGUUUAGCACAUGGCUGGCUCAAGCCCGGAAUUUCACCAGUGAUGAUUGCGAUCCUGAAGCUAGUGUGGGAAAAUUUAUGCGAGAAAAGAUUGUCCACAGCUCACAAGAAUGGGAAAAGGAAGAAGUUGAAAUGAAUAUGGCUUUGUUGAAGGGGUUUCUCAAUGUAGAAUGCAUUGUAUAUGCAGCACAUAGUAUGGACCAGGUGGCACUCUGCCCUUUUCGGGAAUAUACAGUGCUUCCAGGACUUGAUUGCACCUUUCCUAAAGGAUUUGAAAGUCUUGUGAACCACAUGAAGGCACCACUUCCAAGUGGCACUGUAUUACUGAACAAAGCAGUAAAGAGCAUUCACUGGCAUGGAUCCUUUCCUGGCAGCAACUCUCAUGUGUAUCCUGUGCAAGUGCAGUGUGAAGAUGGUGACAGCUUUGUGGCAGAUCACGUCAUUGUCACUGCUCCUCUAGGAUUUCUGAAGAAACAAUCAGUGGAUUUCUUCAGCCCUCCUCUUCCACCAAGCAAAAUGCAGGCUAUUAACAAUUUGGGAUUUGGAACAGUUAAUAAAAUAUUGCUGGAAUUUGAAAAACCUUUUUGGGACAUCAACAGUACUGUGAUCGGGAUGGUGUGGGAAGGAGACUCUCCUCUUACUGAACCAAAGGAAGACCUGAAGCAGAAUUGGAUGAAUAAAGUUUCUGGAUUUGUUAUCCUGGAGCCACCUGGACAGAUGGGACAUGUGCUCUGUGGAUUUAUUGCUGGAGAGGAGUCUGAAUAUAUGGAAACACUAACAGAUGAAGAACUGUUAUCGGCAAUGACUGAUCUUUUCAGAACAUUCACCGGGGAUCCUGAACUGCCUCCACCAAUCAGCAUGGUGCGUUCUCAGUGGCAUAGCCAGCCAUACACUGGUGGCUCUUACAGUUACGUAGCAGUGGGCAGCUCUGGCAUUGAUGUGGACAAUCUAGCAGAACCGCUACCCACAGACAAAGAAGUUCUCAAGCCGUUGCAGGUUCUUUUUGCUGGAGAAGCCACAGAAAGAAACUUCUAUUCGACAACACAUGGAGCUCUUAUGUCUGGUUGGAGGGAAGCACAGCGCUUGAUUGACAGAUAUCCAGAUCUUGGGGCCAAUGUUAGCAAAGCUAAGCACUAAAUGUACAUAGUCCUCUGUAACACUCCACUAAUAUCUUUAUGAUUUACUGAAAAAUGAUUAAAAAAAAUACAGUUCACUACAAUACUUAUACUAGGCAAUUUAAGGUGACUAUUCCAUGAACAUUUAUCACGUAUCCACAGGACAGGUCAUAAAUGUAUGGUUCUUGGGCCUAUAACACAGGACCCCACAAUCACUAGAAUGGGGGUCUUGAACUCCCAUUCCAGUGGCAAUUGAAUGAAGUGGUGCUCCCUGACACUCCAUUCAUUCUCUGAGAGAUAGCUGAUCAUUGUGUUUGACUAUCUCACUCAUAGACUUCGAAUGGAGAGGCAAUUUACUGUAUAACCACUGCUCCAUUCAGGCUAGGGCUACAAGGCGACGCUGGUUGUGGCCAGGAUCACAGAAUAGCAGUUAUCCAAUUGUAUUGAAUGUAACUGCAAUGUGAGUGGCAAAAAAAUCCAGCAGAGUUAGAUUCUUUGCAACUCGUGCUACAAUACCCUUCGCUUCCAUGGGGUCAUUAGUACUCUGCAAUCCUGCUCGCCGCAAUUGAUGUUGCCAUGUAGCCCUAGCUUUAAACUACUGUGGAACAAAAGCUCAGGAAUUCUGCUCUAGUUAUCAGUGAUGAUCCGUGUGGAGAACUGUCACAAAUAAUACUGACAUGUAGUACGCUAGCCUGAAUCAGUUGUUCUAACUAUUAGGCACAAUGCUAAUGUCAACCUUGGUUUAUGAAGAUGUGUGGUUGCCUGCCGCUGCACCUCCUUGACUGAUGUCCUGUUGCACCUGUGAAUGGGACCAGAGAUUAAUACUUGACAUAGAAGAGGGACCCUAGUCGGGAAUUCACAUUUUCAAAGAGCAUGUCCGGUAUUCCAACAUGUUUAAUCAAAGGCCACAAGCAAAUGUGAUGUUGAACCUUCUUUAAUUUUUGUAGGCUAUGUAUUUUACAAACCUUGUAUUAUGGCCUUAGGAACGGAGUAGCCCAGUGAUGAAAUCCAAAGCCAAACCAAAUAGGAUCCCUUUUCAUGUGUCAUGUGGAUAGGCGAUAAAUGUGGUUCCAAGGAAUAACCCAUUAAAAACUACUUCUGUUUUACUGGUUGUGUUACAGAAGGAGAUUCAUUAUAUACAUUUGUCUGUGAUCUUUGAUCGCUAACUUCAG